AUGACACCGAAUUCCACCAUCGAUAUAAGCACUCCGACUGGUGGUGGUGGAAGCACGUGUGGCGGAACCAACGCAGUCAGUGCUGAUUCAAGUGUAGCCUCCACGGAUAGCAUCGAUGAGGAGGAUGAUGUACACGCCAAAGUUAAGAAAAAAUCUGACGCGAUAAAGAAAGAAUCGGUUAGCUCAACUAAAGUUAGUAAUAGCAAUUCUUUCAAAAGCUACGAUAACUCUGGCUACCCAAAAGAUAAUGGGCUGAUAUCUGGUCCCCCAUCAGCAGCAAUACCUAUUCCGCACAGUCCAGUUUCAUCUUCAGUCAUUUCUCCGACCAACAAUUUAAAUAGCAACAAUAACAACAGUAACAACAACAAUAAUCUUCAGUUAUACUAUAAUCAUCCCAAUCAUUCGUACGGAGUCAUAAAACAUAAAUGUCCACCUGGACCAGUCAUUGGCCAUGAAAUUGAAGGAUCGCCUGCAACUACGGGACCUUCUGCUGGAGGAAUUUAUUUCAAUAAUAAGCAACAGGAAUAUUUUAGUAAAACGGAAUGUGGGUUGCACUAUCAACCAUCAUAUCAGCAUUAUCAGAAAACAGUCGUGCCCCCUGGAGCAAUUUAUACCAAUACCCAACACAUACUCAAUGAUAGCUACCAGGGUGCACAGAAAAUAGAAUACAAUCCCGCUCAGAGUUUAAAGGGUUUUAGCACUAAGCCCUUAGUACAAGAUAAUUCCCAAAAGUUGCACCACCAACAACAAAUGCAAAAUGAUCCAACGUUCCAGUCACAGAAUCAACCUUUUUAUAACAGCUGCGAUACAGGCCAUAACGGCGCCGGCCAAUAUGUUCCAAGUGGACAGCAUUACUAUUCGAAUGAUUAUGAUCCACAGCACGAGUUUGGUGGUGGGACAGGCUACUAUGAACAUACCAAGAUGAGUUUAGUUGGACAAAAUCACUACUACGACAGCAUGGGUUCCUUUCAACAUAAUACUGUAGCUUCUAACAAUAACAUGGAGUAUCAAGGCAAUGCACCGUACGCUGGUAUUGAUGCUGCACUACCAGGUGGAAUAGGCAAUGAAUCCUGUGAAUCCUAUGCCUUCCAUCAAUCGUCCCACCUAGCUAGUGCAUAUUAUGAACAACAACAUCAACAUCAACAGCACCAAUCGCAGCAAAAUCACCACCACCAGCACGCUUUUCAACAUCACAGCAUUCAGCAAUUACAAGUUUUCCCUCAUCAACAGCAAACGCAUUCAAACCCUACCGGAGUAUCUGGUGUGAAUAACGCUACUGUAGCCAAGACAACAACCCAUAUAGAAAACCAUCACGAUAUUACCACAGGCGACCAUUGCUCGUUCAACGGCUGUCCACCAGGUAGCAGCACUAGUACAACUCAAUCAAAAGCAGCCGCUAUGGUUAGCAUGGACAAUUCCAAUUCGUCUGAUUUCAAUUUUCUCAGCAAUCUAGCGAAUGAUUUCGCUCCAGAAUAUUAUCAACUCAGCUAAUUGUUAAUUUAAUUGUUUUCAAUAGUCUCCUGAUUUUAGUUCUUUUAUGCUAGAAAAUACACUUGAUUUGCCGAGUCAUAUUCACAGUUCUUCUUUUUCCACGUACAGCAACCCGUCAAUUAUGCUUGGUGCUUUACCGGGGGUUCCAGGUGUUGCUCAAAUACGACUGAUACAUCAAUUUGCUGCUUUGAUUGUUCUCGAUAUUUGUUAUUGUACUUAUAUAGUUUAUCUAUUUUAUUCACAAAUAGGAAAGGCUGUGACACAGUACACCUAUGAUUUUGACAAGUUACGAAUACAAUUUUUGUAUCGUAAUGUCGUAAAAAUAAUAAUGUCUUUGGUAGUUCUUGUCGAUGCUGAGUUGUAAUUCAUUUAACGACGAGGAAAUUAAUUUUUAUUUUAUU